GCUCGACUCUUUUUGUCUAAAGCAAGAUGGUGGUCUGAAAGGCAAGGUUUGUUGUCCAUGGGUGCAAAGUAUGUUUAAGUGCAUCAACCGAACGGCACAUUUUAAGAGAUAUUUCCAGUCAGCGGCAAACGGCUCCCAUCUCAACCAAGUAAUUAAGCUGGUGUCAUCUUCUUCCCUCAGAAUGAUUGACCCAGCUCUGGAUCGAGUGGUCGCUGAUAUCAUUCGCUCCCCUGAAGACAAACGUGUUUACAGAGGCUUAGAGUUCAACAAUGGCUUGAGGGCCAUGCUCAUCAGUGACCCAACAACAGACAAAUCAUCUGCUGCUUUAGAUGUCCACAUCGGUUCCCUAUCGGACCCGGCAAACAUUGCAGGCCUGGCGCACUUUUGUGAACACAUGCUGUUCUUGGGGACAAAGAAGUACCCAAAGGAGAAUGAGUACGGCCAGUUCUUGAGUGAGCAUGCUGGCAGCUCCAACGCCUUCACCAGUGGCGAGCACACUAACUAUUACUUUGAUGUGUCUCACGAACACUUACAGGGAGCUCUUGAUAGAUUUGCCCAGUUCUUUCUGUGCCCGUUGUUUGAUGAAAGCUGUAAGGACCGAGAGGUGAACGCUGUGGACUCCGAGCAUGACAAAAAUCUGAUGAAUGAUGCUUGGAGGCUCUUUCAGCUGGAAAAGGCCACUGGCAACCCAAAUCACCCCUUCAGUAAAUUUGGAACAGGUAACAAGUUGACCCUCGAGACCAGGCCAUCAAACGACGGCAUUGAUGUCCGUCAGGAGCUGCUCAAAUUUCACUCAACAUACUACUCCUCUAAUCUAAUGGGUCUCUGUGUUUUAGGAAGAGAAUCCCUAGAUGAGUUGACCUCAAUGGUGGUGAAGCUAUUUGGAGAAGUAGAGAACAAGAAUGUACCUAUCCCAGAGUUCCCCGAUCACCCCUUUCAAGAUGAAUAUCUCAAACAAUUCUACAAAGUUGUACCCAUCAAAGACAUUAGGAAUCUGUACGUGACGUUCCCCAUCCCAGACCUGCAGAAAUACUAUAAGUCAAACCCAGGACAUUAUCUGGGACAUUUGAUAGGUCAUGAAGGUCCUGGAAGUUUGUUAUCUGAACUCAAAUCAAAAGGCUGGGUGAAUACACUUGUUGGAGGUCAAAAAGAAGGAGCCAAAGGGUUCAUGUUCUUCAUUAUCAAUGUGGACUUGACUGAGGAAGGUCUUUUGCACGUUGAGGACAUAAUCUUCCACAUGUUCCAGUACAUCCAGAAACUGCGUACAGAAGGUCCUCAGGAGUGGGUGUUUCAAGAGUGCAAGGAUUUAAACAAGGUAGCGUUCCGGUUCAAAGACAAGGAGCGACCCCGUGGCUAUACUUCCAAAGUGGCUGGUUUACUGCACUAUUACCCUCUUGAAGAGGUUCUCGCGGCAGAGUACCUUUUGGAAGACUUCAGGCCUGACUUAAUCGAGAUGGUGCUGAACAAGCUAAGGCCAGAACAUGUCAGAGUUGUUUUGGUGUCUAAGUCAUUUGAAGCUCAAGCAGAUAAGACAGAAGAAUGGUACGGUACACAGUACAAACAGGAGGUUAUCUCUGAGGAAACCAUCAAGAAAUGGGCUGGUGCCGACCUCAACGGCAAAUUCAAGUUGCCGAUGAAAAAUGAGUUCAUCCCUACCAACUUUGAGAUUUACCCUCUUGAGAAAGAAUCUCCAUCUGUCCCUGCCUUAAUCAAGGAUACUGCGAUGAGUAAGGUGUGGUUCAAGCAGGAUGACAAAUUCUUCCUUCCUAAAGCAUGUUUGAACUUUGAGUUCUUCAGCCCGUUUGCUUAUGUGGACCCAUUACAUUGUAACAUGGCUUAUUUAUACCUGGAGCUCCUAAAGGACUCCCUCAACGAGUAUGCAUAUGCAGCCGAGCUAGCUGGCUUGAACUAUGACCUUCAAAAUACCGUCUAUGGGAUGCAUCUCUCCGUUAAAGGUUACAAUGACAAGCAAGACAUCCUACUGAAGAAGAUCAUCGAAAAGAUGGCCACAUUUGAGAUCGAUGAGAAGCGUUUUGACAUCAUCAAGGAAGCGUACAUGAGGUCUUUGAAUAACUUCAGAGCCGAGCAGCCACACCAGCAUGCAAUGUACUACCUCCGUCUUCUCAUGACUGAGGUUGCUUGGACCAAAGAUGAGCUCAGAGAGGCUCUAGAGGAUGUAACUCUCCAACGCCUCAAGGCCUUCAUACCUCAGCUGUUGUCACGGUUACAUAUUGAAGCCCUUCUCCAUGGCAACAUCACCAAGGAGUCUGCUCUUGGCAUGAUACAAAUGGUGGAGGACACGCUCAUAGAGCACGCGCACACCAAGCCUCUUCUCCCGAGCCAGCUGAUCCGCUACCGAGAGAUGCAGGUUCCAGACGGUGGCUGGUACGUUUAUCAGCAGAGGAAUGAGGUGCACAACAACUGUGGCAUCGAGAUCUAUUACCAGACUGACAUGCAGACCACGCACGAGAACAUGCUACUGGAACUCUUUUGUCAGAUCAUCUCAGAGCCCUGCUUCAACACUCUGAGAACCAAAGAACAGCUAGGUUACAUCGUUUUCAGCGGGCCAAGGCGCGCUAACGGGGUCCAAGGCCUGCGCUUCAUCAUCCAGUCAGAAAAAGCGCCUCACUACCUGGAGAGCCGUAUCGAGGCAUUCCUUUGCACCAUGGAGAGAUCUGUGGAGGAGAUGAGCGACGAAGCUUUCCAGAAGCACAUCCAGGCCUUGGCUAUCCGCCGCCUGGACAAACCUAAGAAGUUAUCUGCUGAGUGCGCCAAGUACUGGGGAGAGAUCAUUUCUCAGCAGUAUAACUUUGACCGAGAUAAUGUUGAGGUGUCCCAUCUGAAGACAUUGACAAAGGACGACAUUAUGGAAUUCUACAAGGAGCGUCUCACCCUUGAAGGACCCAAAAGACACAAGGUGUCUGUGCACGUGCUGUCCAGAGAGAUGGACACCUGUCCUGUUGUGGGAGAAUUUCCGGCUCAGAAUGAUGUCAACUUGGCUCCCGCCCCGUCUCUGCCCCAGCCAUCGCUGGUCCAAGACAUGACCGAGUUCAAGAGGAGUCUGCCUCUUUUCCCUCUGGUCAGGCCUCACAUCAACUUCAUGGCAGCCAAACUGUAAGUUGUAACACCAACAAGGAGCCGCCACAUGUCAGGAAGACGAGGACCUGACUAGGCCUGCAUGAGUGUGUGUUUGCGUGUGUACUUGUGUGGCAGACUGGAGCCACUAAAGAAAGUGCUUGGAAACAAAUUGUGUGUAAUAAAAAAUGCGACGGUCAGCAUUGGCUGCGAUUAACGCUAGAGCCUCAUGUUCAAGUGGAACAGGAGAUGCAACACUCAAUGAUGUCACAGUCCUUUGAAGCUUUUUGUAGAGGAGCUAGAGACCCCCACCAUGUCCACCAUCCAGCAGUUCAUCCCCUCUACAUCGGCAUGUUUGAGUCCUUCUUUCGAAUCUGAUACUCUUUUAAGAAACACUUUUUUAUUCUGCUUAUCACCCAUAAAGUUAUUUAUUUUUAUUUUCUUUUAAUUUCCUCUUAAAAUGCCAGGAAAAGGACAUCUCAGGGGUACCCACAUGCCGAUUUAUUGUUUUUUAACUUCACUUUUAGUGAUUGAAAAGGUUUUCUUAGUGUCCUCUGCAUUCAUAUUUGGUUCACUUCAAUAAAUGUGAUCAAAUCCUCA